AUGCCUUCCAACAAGUACACCAAAACCAAAGCCAAGCAGAAGGUCAAGUCCUUCAAGGCUAAAGGAGCGACACGGUUUUCCAAAACAAAGGUCAAGUCCAACGCCAAGGGUUCGAAGAUCAAGUUCAAAGCCACAGUCAAAGCCAAAAGCACAGCCUCCAACUACACCAAACACUACCGAUACACCAAGGCCCAUAUAGUGACGAGACACAGGGCUGCAGCAUCCAAAAGUUCAACCUCGGAAGAUCUCGUGACGAUCUACGUGCUGGCGCUGGUCGAAGGCAAGUUUUACGUCGGUAAGACGGCACGCGCUAACGUCGAUGAGCGACUAGAAGAACACAAGAGUGGCAAGGGCUCAGCAUGGACACGGCUCUAUCGACCACUGCGCAUUGCCGAAACCAUUCGGAAUUCAGAUCCUUUCGACGAGGACAAGUUUACGAAGAAAUGGAUGCUCAAGUAUGGCAUUGAGAAUGUUCGAGGAGGCAGCUACUCGCGCGUUGACUUGACACCAGGUGAUAUCGACGCACUAUCACGGCAGUUGCGUGGCAGCACCGACCAGUGCUUUGUGUGCGGAAGCAAGAGCCACUUUGCCGCUCAGUGCCCAGACAAGAAAGCUGGUGUUGCAGCGGACGACGACGCCGAGGCAGCGCUUGAGUGUCUACGGUGUGGGCGCGACAGCCACACGGCCGAGUCAUGCUACGCGAAAAGCCACGCCAACGGAUCAAACUGGUGUCUGCGAUGUGGUCGUGAGGGCCACGGAGAAGCGUCGUGUUACGCCAAGACUCACGCGGUGCUGGGUGAGAUCAUCGAACCAGGAGAAGAGGAAUCGGUCGGUGGAGGAGACGACGUAGACUCGCUUAGUGGUGAAGAGGAAGAGGAGAUGCUGGAAUGUCUUCGCUGUGGGCGUGACGGUCACACAUCAGACUCGUGCUACGCGAAAACCCAUGCGAAUGGUGAGAUGUGGUGUCUCCGUUGUGGCCGCGAGAGCUUACCU